AUGGCUUCAAAGAUUUUCAACUACUUUUUGAGCUUGUACAUCCUUGAGUUUUUGUUUGUGUCUGCUCUUUUAUCAGCUCACUCAUCACCCUCAUUCAAUUUCGAAAAGUUUCAUAAAGAUUGCAUAAGAUUUAACUCAGAGAUUGGAGUUCAUCUUAAUGCAAUGCUUGAUGUAGAAGGGUCAUUUAUUAAAAUGACUCAACCCUGGAACUUAAGUGUUGGUGUUGUGACAUACAAGCAACCCAUUAAACUUAUGGAACAUAAUAAUUUCACAAGAAAAGGGUCUUUUAGUACUCAUUUCUCAUUCUCUAUGUCCCCUGGAAAGAAUGAUUAUGGAACUUUGUUUAGGCUGAGCCUAAACGGGUACCUCUCGAAACAUUUGACAAGGGCUUUUGUGGCGGUCCAAAUAGACACAAACUAUGAUCCCAAGUUUGGUGAUUUAAAUCAUGUUGCAAUCCUUGUGAAUAGACCUGCAGCAGUUAAUAGAGUUGCAAACAGGUAUGUGAAGUUGGAGCUGAAUACUGGGAAAAGAUUGCAGUGCUGGCUGGAUUAUGAGCGAGCUCGAAACAAGUUGAAGUCAGGAUUGCUAAAUGGGUGGACUCUCCACUCAAAUAUGCAACUUAUACUCAUGGAGCUUCGAGUCAAGCCACUUCUAAUGCUCGUAAAAGCUGAGCUUACAGGCCAGUUUCUCGAAGCUGCUAGAAAGCUGGAGACCGGUAUCUGUUAUUCCUGA